AUGCAAGAUGGAUUGUGGGAUGGCUCCGGUAUACUUCCGGCGGCAGAGAUGGCGCUCGAGGAUGUGAACAAUGAUGACACAAUUCUGAAGGAAUACGACUUAAGAAUGGCCUGGAAUAACAGUAAGUGUGACACCGGGAUUGCUGUUCAGAGUUUGUUUCACCAGCUGUAUGCAGAACCACAAAAAGUCGCCAUAUUUGGACCAGGAUGUAGUUCGGCAACAAAACCGAUAGCACAGGUAGCGCCAUACUGGAACUUGGUUCAGGUAACACAUGCCGCGAAUUCACCAGACCUGAACAACAGGGAAUUAUAUCCGUUGCUGUUUGGAGCCUUCCCGACAGAGUCUGUAACGAACCAGCCCAAAAUCGCCGUCAUGAAAGCGUUUGGAUGGAAAAGGGCGGCAUUUUUAUACAGCACGGAUGGAAGUUUUUCCACGAUUAUGACUGACCUACAAGCCUUGUUUAUCAGUAAUGAUUUUGAGAUCAUCACGUCGGAGACGUUUCACUCGGACGCGACUGUAGCCUUACAAAACAUCAAGGCGUAUAGAUUGGGAAUGACGGGCACGUCUUACACGUGGUUCCUGCCAGGCUGGUUCACGAGACAAUGGUGGAAUGUCACCUUCACAGACUGUAACACUGAAGAACUCAAAUCUUCAAUCGGCGGACAUCUUGCUUUUCAAGUUGUCUCUAUUGCUGAUCCGGAAACUCCAACUGACAUAGGGAAGAACCCAAGAGAAUUUGCAACUGAAUUCGCGGCACGAACCUCUAGUGGGGAAUAUGGAGGGAAGGAGUACGCCCCUUCCGGUUAUGACGGGAUAUGGAUGAUUGCCCAUGCGCUGAAUAAAACAUUAGACAUAAUGGCGGAGCGUGGGGAAGGAUGGGAAGACUUCACGUACAGUCGAGAUGAUAUGAAAAACCUGCUAUUUAAUGCGUUGGGGUCUGUGUCCUUCGCCGGAAUAUCAGGAAAUAUUCAGUUUGAUGGGAACGGAUUACGACUUGGUUUGACAAAGAUACUGCAGUUCAUCGAUGGUGAUUACAUUCAUCUUUCAACGUUUGAUUUGACAGUGGGGACGUUGCAAAACCAGAGCGUGGCGUAUAAAUGGAAAACUAGAAAUGGACUUCCUCCUCUGGAUGGCCCACGGGUACUAAGAGAACUGCGCGAUGUCAGUGAAUUCUUGUCCUAUUCUGUGAUGACACUGGCAGCCUGUGGUGUUAUCUUCACGUGCUUCCUGUUGGGAGUCAACGUCAAAUUCAGACACCGGAAAAUCAUGAAAAUGUCGAGUCCGAAGGUAAACUACUUGAUUUGUUCCGGAAGUAUCGUUCUGUAUACGUCAUCACUUCUUCACGGUGUGGAAGUCAUAGAAAAUAGGGCGGAAGGCAGCCUUGCUGUAGUGUGUAUUCUGAAGUCUUGGUUUCUGAGUAUUGGAUUUACCGCGAGUUAUGGCGCUUUAAUCGCCAAGGCGUGGAGGAUUCACAAGAUUAUUACUUACGCCAAGUAUAAAAAACAGAACAUCAAGGACUGGCUGCUGUUUUUAAUCAUCGCCAUUCUUUUGCUUUUUGAUGCAAUCAUCCUAAUCACGUGGUUAAUCGUGGAUCCACUCCGGUAUCAGCUUGUUAACGGCACGAAAGAGGACUACGGACAGGAUGUAUACGUUUCACCAUUCACCUUUAAAUGUUCCUCAGAAAGUUAUCUUUGGGUAGCCGUGCUGUUCAGCUAUAACGGGUUACUGAUGUUGUACGGGGCAGUGAUAGCAUGGAACACACGUAAAAUCAGCAUGACUUUACUAAACGAUGCCAAGUCCAUUGCUAUGACAAUAUAUACCAGCACUGUUCUGUCCAUCUUUGGGGUACCGGUGUCCGUUCUUGUGAAAAGUGACCUUAACCUCAAUUACGGGAUAUCAGAGUUCUGCAUUGUCUUUGCCACAACGAUACUUCUAGUAUUCUGCUUCGUACCAAAGGUACGUCUGGUGUUGACCACGUCAGUGUCAGAUGAUAAUACCAUCCUCGCUAAUUACGUCAUCAACGUCCCGUCAUCAAAUGAAGUAUCCAGCUUGCACACAACUAUGACGUUACAAAGACAGUUGGAGGAGUGCAAGAAAACCAUCGAAAUACAACGAAAACAGCUGAAUACUCGGCAGAAAGACGAUCGAUUCUAAAAAUUUAGAUGUUUUAUCAAACUGGUGAAUAAACACGGUUUGUA